AAGGAAGUUAGGUUACUGUAGAAACAUACGAUGAAGUACUUUUUUUGAUACAUAGCUACAAAACAGAGACUGUAUCAAAAUUUUCAUGCUAUAUUGCAGCUAAAAACUAUGGAAAUAUGGAUUGCAGUAGGUCAGAUCAGAAAACGACAAAUAGUAAAACUAUAUAUAUAUUUUGGUCUGAUAGUAAGAAAACUGUAAAAUUGGUAUAAUUAGGGGGCUCCAUGCAAAGAAAAAUCCAAUCUUCUGAUUUAAUUGUCAUCACAGGUGCUGCUGGUUUUAUCGGCUCUUGCAUUGUGCGCCAUCUCAAUGAUCAUGGUUUUACCAACCUUGUCCUUGUUGAUGAUAUUGGCACUUCUGACAAAUGGAAAAACCUGCUUGGUAAACAUUUCAAAUACUUUAUUGGUAUUGGUCAGCUGUUCGAUUGGCUAGGAGGAAAAGAGCACGAUGUUGCUGCCUUUAUCCAUCUGGGUGCUUGUUCAGAUACUUUAGAAACCAAUGUCGACUAUCUUCUUAAUAAUAACACUCGCUAUACAAUCCGAUUAGCAGAAUAUGCCCUGCAAUAUGGACAGCGUUUUAUCUAUGCCUCCUCAGCAGCUACUUAUGGUGAUGGUGCUUUAGGCUUUAAUGAUGAUCAUGAUAUGUUACACAAACUCAAACCGCUGAAUGCAUAUGGGUUUUCUAAGCAACUAUUUGACCUUUGGGCACUUGAGCAUGGGGUGAUAAACCGUAUUGUUGGCCUGAAGUAUUUUAAUGUUUUUGGGCCUAAUGAGUUGCAUAAAGGAAGAAUGGCCUCCAUGAUUUGCAAAAUGGUACCACAAGUGCAGAAAGAAGGGGUUAUUCGUCUUUUCAAAUCAACUGAGCCUGGCCGUUUUCCAGAUGGCGGACAAUGCAGAGAUUUCAUUUAUGUUAAAGACGUUGUUGAGAUGACCUGUUCUUUCCUAGACAAUCAACAUUGUGGUAUUUAUAAUAUUGGAGCUGGGAAGCCAACUACCUGGAAUCAACUAGCCACAGAAAUUUUUAAUUCUAUGGGUCUCCCAGUGAACAUCGAGUAUAUUGAGAUGCCAUCAGAUCUUGCCAAGCAGUACCAGAACUACACCUGUGCCAACAUGGAAAAAUAUCAUAAUAUUACUGGAAAGGCUCCUCUUAAGUUUAAGUUUGAUGAAGCUGUUCGUGACUAUGUUCAAGAGCACAUUUUGAAGGAAGCUACAUGGUAAAGCUGAUUGGUUGAAGCUACAUGGUAAAGCUGAUUGGUUGAAGCUACAUGGUAAAGCUGAUUGGUCUGCUAUCUUAUGCUUGGAUAACUAUUGUAUUAUUAUUUUUUUUUUAUGUAUAAAAAUUUUAUAGCUUCA